AUGGCAAUCCCAACAGACAGAGCCAACACAAUCGGGUUCAUUGGCCUGGGUGCCAUGGGAAACCACAUGCUUCAUAACCUCGUGAAAAGAUACACAUCUCCUGGAGAUAGUAGUCAGACCGCAUUCGCCCUGUGCGACGUGAACGACGCCGCGGUAGAUAGCGUCAUCAAGCGACACAGCUUGGAGAGUCCUAAUGUUCCUUUCAUCAAGUGUCCCUCGCCAUAUGAAGUAGCCAAGCAAGCGUCAACGAUCAUCAGCAUGGUGCCAACGGGCAGGCACGUGCGGGAUGUAUACGUUGACGGAGAGAAGAGUGUCUUUAGCGCUCUCCAGACACUCAGCCAGGACCAACGCUCGGCGACCCUUUGCAUGGACCAAUCCACUAUCGAGCAGAGCGUCAGCAAGGCUGUCGCCCUGGAGCUCAGAAAAGCUGGUGCAGACAUGCUGGACGCCCCAGUGUCAGGAGGUGUUGUUGGAGCGGAGAACGGCACGCUCGCCAUCAUGGUUGGAGGCGAUAAGGCUUCCUUCGACCGCUCGGUCCCGGUUUUGCAGUCCAUGGCUCGCAAGGUCACUUACUGUGGUGAUCUCGGGGCUGGACUUGCGGCGAAGAUCUCUAAUAAAGAGAACUUUGAGAGAAAGAAACUCCCGACUGAUCAACUGGCGCUUUUCGCGCGUGUCCCUUCACAGCCUUCUACUUGGAAUCACUAUGCUUGGUCUAAGUGUAGCGAGGCAAUGCUUCUGGGUAAGAGGCUUGGAGUGGACCCUCAGGUGCUUGCAGAUAUUAUUAACAGUUCCACCGGCCGUUGCUGGUCCAGUGAGAUCAAUCAUCCUGUUCCUGAGGUAAAGGUCGGAGAAUCCAGUCCUCCAGCCCACCGCGGCUAUGAAGGUGGCUUCGUUACCAAGCUGGCCCAUAAGGAUCUCGCCCUAGCAGUGAAGGCCGCUGAGCAGGCCGGCGUUCCUCUCAACGUUGGACAAUGCGUAGAGAAGACGUACAGGCCAUUGGCGGAAACAAAGGAGUUUGGCGACCGAGACUUCAGUGUGAUAUAUGAGGCUCUCGACGCUCUGAAGUCUUCAGAAGGAAAGCCCAAGCUGUAG